CCCACUCAUGAAAUUUCUGCGCGUCGAUAUUUUCCUUCUUGUUAUGUUCAGUGCUGAAAACAGGACUGCGGACGAUAUUUUAUUCGCACAUUCUUUCGUUUCAACGAAUCUCGUGUGGACUUAUCACUGAUCCGUGUAUUUUUGUUCCAAAUCUCGCAUGCAGAUGCGAGUUGCUUUAUUGUUAUUGUGACACGCGCACGGUUAUUUAAGAAUUAACUUAACAUGUCGGCUUGUUUUGCGUCGUUUUGUUUGUCUUUAUCACGUAUUUUCUCCCCGCGUUAAUUUCUGGACUGCUCGAUUAUUGGGGAAGAUAGCGGGCUGUUCGUUUUUAAUCUGUAUGCAUUCGCACGAAGAAGAGGAAGAAGAGAGGAAAAAGAAAACGACAGAAGGACGCGAUGAAAUGAAUGAGAUUCACUGAAGAACAGGACGAAUCACAGUAAGGUUCUCCAUCAGUGAGAGGGCGUUAGGGAAGGAGUGUCCCACAUUGAAGUGCCCGCUGACCGCCCUCCCCCCACCACCCUUGCUUCGUCCACAGCAUGGCUCUCUUUCUCUGGAUCCUCCUUACCUGCACCAUCACCCUCAGCAAUAUUGGCCCCUCCACACAGGCAUUAAGUCGCUCCGCAAUGCCGUUUGGUCUGAUGAGGAGGGAGCUGGCAUGUGAGGGUUACCCCAUAGAGCUCCGUUGCCCCGGCAGUGAUGUCAUCAUGAUUGAGACAGCCAACUAUGGUCGAACCGAUGACAAGAUUUGUGAUGCCGAUCCCUUUCAAAUGGAGAAUGUACAAUGCUACCUGCCAGAUGCCUUCAAGAUCAUGUCACAGAGGUGUAAUAAUCGGACUCAGUGUGUGGUGGUGGCUGGGUCUGAUGUUUUUCCUGACCCCUGUCCAGGGACCUACAAGUACUUGGAGAUCCAGUAUGAAUGUGUGCCAUACAUCUUUGUAUGUCCUGGGACUCUGUUAAGGGUGCAGACAGCAAGUUUGCUGCAGGAGGCAGAGCAUCAGUCGGGGGCAUGGUGUAAGGAUCCCCUGCAAUCUGGUGACCGUCUUUACGUCAUGCCCUGGACUCCGUACCGCACUGACAUGUUGUACGAGUAUGCCUCGUGGGAAGACUUCAAGCAGAAUCGAGCCACAACCACCUACAAGCUUCCAAAUCGAGUGGAUGGAACAGGCUUUGUUGUGUAUGAUGGUGCUGUUUUUUACAACAAGGAACGCACACGCAACAUUGUGAAAUAUGACUUGCGCACUCGGAUCAAGAGCGGUGAAGCCAUAGUCAAUAAUGCCAAUUACCAUGACACCUCACCAUACCGUUGGGGGGGCAAGUCUGAUAUUGACCUUGCAGUGGAUGAAAAUGGUCUAUGGGUCAUCUACGCUACCGAGGCCAACAAUGGACGACUGGUUGUCAGCCAGGUUAACCCCUACACCCUGCGCUUCGAGGGAACCUGGGAGACUAGCUUCGAUAAGCGACUGGCGUCCAAUGCCUUCAUGGCAUGUGGCGUGCUGUACGCCAUCCGUUCUGUGUAUCAGGACGACGACAGUGAGGCAGGUGGAGACCUUGUGCUGUACUCUUACAAUACCAACAGAGCACGAGAAGAGCCUGUCCACAUCCCUUUCCCAAAUCCAUACCAGUAUGUCUCCUCUGUGGACUACAACCCUCGAGACAACCAACUCUAUGUCUGGAAUAACUACAAUGUGCUGCGCUACCCUCUGGAAUUUGGCCCACCGGAUCCCACCGCUGGUCCACUUGCCACCACCCAGAUGAGCAGCACAACUCCGGCAAGACCCGUUACUUCAAGCUCCAUCCCCUCAACCAUGCGACCUCUGCUGCCCACCGCUCACCCAAUAGGGGCCAUCAACAAGGCACCAGAUCUGCGGCCCAUCACCGCCACUGUGCCAGUGACACGCAGACCCCUGCGAGUACCACCUCAGGGCACUGAGCUGCAAGUGUGCGAAGCCCGCAUAGCCCGAGGGGUGCAGUGGCCCGCCACCCAGAGAGGAGAGACUGUAGACAGGCCGUGUCCUAAAGGAUCACUGGGCAUUGCCUCCUUCCAGUGUCUGUCAUCUCCUGUGCUAUGGAACCCUCGCGGGCCAGAUCUGAGUAACUGCACCUCGCCGUGGGUCAACCAGGUGGCACAGAAGAUAAAAAGCGGAGAGAACGCUGCAAACAUUGCCGCUGAGCUGGUAAACCACACACAGGGCCGCAUUCACGCCGGUGAUGUCAGUUCGUCUGUCAGACUCAUCGAGCAGCUAUUGGAUAUAUUAGACGCACAGCUGCAAGCACUCAGACCCGGGAAUAAGGAAUCGGCAGCCAGGAACUACAAUAAGUGGCAGAAAAGAGAGCGGACCUGUCGGGCUUAUGUUCAGGCGGUGGUGCAGACGGUGGAUAAUCUGUUGUGUGUGGAGGCUUUAGAGUCAUGGCAGGACAUGAACAGUACGGAGCAGGCGCACACUGCCACCAUGCUGCUAGAUGUCAUGGAGAAAGGAGCCUUCCUGCUGGCCAACAACAUGUACAAUAACCAUUUCUCCGACCACGCUGCCAAUGUCGAUCUAGAGGUGCGUGUACUGAGCACAGAGACGGAAUCUCAGGAUUUGUCGUUCCCUCAGAACAGCCCCAGCAGCAUCCAGCUCUCUGCUUCCACCUUAAAACAGUACAGCCGCAACGGCCAGGUGAAAGUGGUCUUUGUGCUUUAUAAAAAUCUGGGUUCAUUCCUCUCUACUGAAAACGCCACUGUGAAGAUGGAGAUGGAGGCGGGGUCUGGUGGGCAGGGCCUGGCGGUGAAUUCACAUGUCAUUGCCGCGUCAAUAAAUAAAGAGUCCAGUCGAGUGUUUCUGACCGAGCCUGUGGUGUUUACACUUAGACAUUUACAGCUGGAGAAUCAUUACAGUCCAAACUGUUCGUUCUGGAACUACUCAGAGCGCUCGAUGAUGGGCCAGUGGUCAUCGCAGGGCUGCAGACUGAUGGAAACUAACAGCACACACACCACAUGCUCAUGUAGCCAUCUUACCAACUUCGCUGUGCUAAUGGUACACCAUGAACCUAAUUUUCAGGGAAGGAUGCAUGAGUUGAUUCUCUUUGUGAUCACGUGGGUUGGGAUUGUGAUUUCGAUGGUGUGUCUCGCUAUCUGCAUCUCUACCUUCUGCUUCCUGCGAGGCCUGCAGACCGACCGCAAUACAAUCCACAAGAACCUCUGCAUCAACCUCUUCAUCGCUGAGCUCCUCUUCCUCAUCGGCAUCGACAAGACGCAGUACCAUAUCGCGUGCCCCAUUUUCGCAGGCCUGCUGCAUUUCUUCUUCCUGGCAGCAUUCUCGUGGAUGUGUCUGGAGGGAAUUCAGCUCUACCUGAUGCUGGUGGAGGUGUUUGAGAGUGAAUACUCCCGAAAGAAAUACUACUACCUGUGUGGGUACUGCUUCCCUGCCCUGGUGGUGGGCAUCUCAGCCGCCAUCGACUACCGCAGCUACGGGACUAAGAAAGCGUGCUGGCUGAGAGUGGAUAACUACUUCAUCUGGAGUUUUAUCGGCCCUGUGUCCUUCAUUAUCAUGUUAAACCUGGUGUUCCUCAUGAUAACACUUCACAAGAUGAUCCGUAACUCAUCCGCCCUCAAGCCCGACUCCAGCCGUCUGGACAACAUCAAGUCCUGGGCUCUGGGGGCUAUCGCUCUGCUCUUCCUCUUGGGUCUGACCUGGGCCUUUGGCCUCCUCUUCAUCAACGAGAACACAGUCAUCAUGGCGUACCUCUUCACCACUUUCAACGCCUUCCAGGGCAUGUUCAUCUUUAUCUUCCAUUGCGCUUUGCAGAAAAAGGUGCAUAAGGAGUACAGCAAGUGCCUGCGUCAUUCUUACUGUUGCAGUCGCACGUCUACUACAAGCUCACAUGGAUCGCUGAAGAACUCUGCUCUGCGCGCCAACAACCGUUACUACACUGGCAGCCAGGCACGCCACGCAGCAGUGCACAGACAGAGCCGAAUCCGACGUAUGUGGAACGACACAGUGCGGAAGCAGACGGAGUCGUCCUUCAUGGCCGAAGACAUCAACAGCACUCCCACCCUCAACCGGGCUACAAUGGGGAAUCAUCUUCUGACCAACCCUGUGCUGCAGACCCGUACAGGAACCUCACCCUACAACACCCUGCUGGCUGAAACGUUUACCCCACCCUCACCUGGAGUCUUCAACUCCACCGGAACUUUCCGUGACCCAAAGAGCACACUGUCUAAGAAUCGAGAUCAUGGAGGCAUGGAGACACUACCUCUGAAUGGAAACUUCAACAAUAGCUAUUCUCUGCGCACUGUUGGGGUUACUGGUGGUCCCGGCAGCAGCUGUGACUUCCUGGGAGGCGGAGGUGGGGAUAGUCCCCCUCCCCUACUCAACCCGCGGGGCUCAGAAAUCCUUGGCGGCAUACGGAGAAACCUCUCAGAUGCAGCGGCAUUUGAGAAGAUGAUCAUAUCGGAACUAGUGCACAAUAAUCUACGUGGUGGUGGGACUGGGGGUGGAGACAUAACGUGUGGCAGCCUGGCCAGGGGACAUGGCCACAUGGGAAUGGGGCGGGGUGGAGGCGGGGCCGAGCCGACAAUAGGCUUGGAGGAUGACAAAGACUUUCGUUCAAGAGAAGUGCGCCAGCACACGCCGCAGGAUGUGGAACUGCUGUACAAAGCUCUCGAGGAGCCCCUACUCUUGCAGCGCGCCCAGUCGGUGCUCUACCAGAGUGACGCUGAGGAGUCCGAAAGCUACACAGCAGACCUGACUGAGAGCUUGGGCCACAGCGGUCACAGCGGCCAAAGUGCUGCUGGCCAGGGCCACAGUGGAGCCCCUGAUUCGCCUGCACGGGACUCCCUUUACACCAGCAAAACCAACCUGCAAGAUUUGCCCUACCCUGACAGCAGCCCAGAACCUCUAGAGGUGGUUCCACGCUCGGCCCAGCCUCCAGAAGAGCUGUACUACAGCUCGGGCCGGCCCGCUAUAGGCUCCCGUGGAGCCCCCAUGCAGACCUUCUAUCAGGCUCCACCUAGGAGACCUAGCACUGAAGCCCACCCCACCCCUCCCGAGCCCCCCCACAAUGAGGGAGAUGGACAGAUGCAGUUGGUCACCAGCCUGUGACCAUGAAGAAGAGGUGGAGGAGGAAGAGCGCUACAGGGUUUGAUGCAAAGUGCAGAAGAUGAUGGACUCCUCUCCUGUCUCUAACGCCCUAUUUAUGUCUGGUUGCCUUUUUACUCUUUUAUUUGUUUUGAAGUGAGAGGUAAGGAAAGCCUAAACAGGGAGAACAAGAGAGAGGAUUGUCUCCAUUGCAGCAACCUCUCUGAAGUGCUGUUUAACCAUUUUCUCUCAUCAGUAUCAUUUUCCCCUCCCUCCUAACCCUGAUACACACAUACAAAAACAGCAAGUCCAAAUAUAUGCCUUCUUUCAAUGGACCUCUUUGCCUUCAGCUCUCUCUACUUCAAGAAUAUCCCCAACUAUUAUAGCCCUGUCUCUAUUUUUGUGUUCAUUUGAUGUCAAGUCUUUAAAAAAAUGUUCAUUUUGUAGUUCCUUACCUUUUCUUUCUUUUUCCAUAAUUAAUUGAUGAGAGUUGUUACGCAAGGAGAUGGGGCUAUGCCAUUAUACUGCAAAGUGACAAAAUCUAUCUUAAAGCUCUUCAGUGUUGCCAAAAAUAACUGUUUUUGAGCCAGAACACAAACUGCAAUCCACACACUCACAGAAGUGCUUGUUACUGAACAUCAAGAGUGUGAACACAUAUACGGAAAACAAGGACUAUUGUUCAGAAAUGGGUAGCGGGAAGCUGCCUCAGUGGAGUUGCCUUUAUUUCUCUCUGAACUUACUCUUCUGUACAGAACAACCCCAGAAACCGGGAACUGGGGGGAAGGGGGGACACAACUUAUCGUCAGCUGGCUGUCUUGAAGCUACUUGGCAGUCCAGAGUUGGACUGUGAAUGGGACCUUUUUAGAGUUUUGUUCUGAUUAAAGGAGGCGGAUUAGGGACUGAAACUGCCAUCGGAAUCACUGAUGGAUGUUUUAGGAGAACGUGCUGUAUCACCUGUGUGUUAUUGUGGCUAGAAUAAUUUUUUUGCUACUUCUUCAGCUGAGUCAAACUUCUGUACAUAUACUAAACACAUGAAAGCAAGUCUUAUUCUACUCGUCUCCUGUACAUAGAUAAACCAGAUGAACAAAAGCAACAAAAAAGUAUAAAAUACUAUGAAAACAUUUGUUGUACUGCGACAGAAAUUGAAAACAGUUGAAAAAUAAAGAUGUUUUGAAGUUUGUG